CAGCCAUUCUUCCGAACCGCACGGUAUCACGUUGACGAGAUCGGGCAGGAGCGCAGUCGCACAUGCUCCUGAGGCAAGACUUCACUGCUUCCUGCAUGCUAUCAAAUCCGAUUACUUCUUUGAUCACCGAGUCUCCCUCUCCCUUUCUUUGCUUCUCGCCAAUUACAGGUUCACCUUGCUACAAGCUUGGGAACAUAGCAACUGGAGAGACAGCGAAACUUGCCACAUGCCGUCAGUAACACACUCCGAGUCGCCGACUCUGGCCUCGGGCAAGAAGCGACGACGGGAUGACGAAGGGGAGGUUCAGAUGCCAUUCACCUCCGCAUCCCAGUUCAACGCCUCUCAGAACCGUCUGGCCUUGAUGAACAAUCAUGAUAGGCUCAUCUUCCACCAAGCAGGUCCCAGCCGAGGGACCCCCAACUCGUUCUACAACCUGCCACGGAAGAUCAUACCGCUGUCUGCCAACAAGCGGGCGCGAAUUUCCGACGAGAACGGCCACGACCUCGACAACGACGUCUCACCACAUGGUCAUCCCAGAUCAUCACAUCAUCACUCUACCUUGCCCGUUUCUGUGCAAGUCCAAUCUCAUAUCACGAGGCCGACGGCAACACGGACAAACUCAUCAUCCCUGCUGAGCGCGUGUCACAUCUGCCACCGCAGACCCAGCAAGAAAUCAGACCUCGACUCCUUCGCUGACUGCGAGGGCUGUGGACAGAGAACGUGUUUUGUAUGCAUAAGAGCAUGUCAAGGCUGGCUUCCUCCCUCAUACAUCGACAGAAGUACACAUACCAACAUGCAGGACACACCCGAAGACCAGAACCGCUCGGCUUCCUUCACCAUGCACGAUGUGGAUAACGAGGAGGUGGCUCGCCAGCUGGACCAGACGAACGCCGAGAGCGGUGGAAAGGGAGCAGGAGGCUGGAACGGUAAUGGUCAUCGAUCCAGGAUCUGCAGCGGAUGCUGCGUGGAGCAAGGAAGUGAGGGCGAUGUCGUCUGUUUGGGUUGCUUGGCUGUCGAGGAGGGAUUGUAGGGAACACCGCCUUGUACAGCCACCACCAAGACCGAAGCAGAAACCUAUACUUUUAUCGAUAUACAGACAAAAUCGUGACGGAAAGGACUG